UCUCCCGAAUAGGAGCAACUACCUCUGAGACGACCAGUUCCGGAGAGACGAUUGAAUUGCUCUCCUGUUUAGCUCGUACUCGCGAAUGGCGACACCUCGUCGUGGCAGCGGCGCGCUUUCCCAGGGGGCUGGGGGAGCUUCCCUCGGCGGCGACAAGCGGGGCGUUCAUGCUCCGUCCGCCCCGUCGUUCGCGCCGGUCACUCCAGGCGCAGGAGAAGUUUCGACGAAGCACCGCUCGCGCUUGAAUGAUUGCGACUGCUCUCCUCGGCCCGCCGAUGCCGCAUCACCUGUGCGGACACUGGCUGCGCGCGCGCACGCGGACGAGGACGAGGAUGGGGGCAAAACUCACGCAUAUGAGGAGGCGCAAGCGGAGAGAUCAAAGUCCACGCUGGGGGCUCCGGAGAGGCGGGGAACCCGCGCAGAGAGAGAGGCGGAGGAGCGGAUGCGCGGGCAACUGGCGGAUGCGCGGAAGAUGGUCCGCGCGCUGGUGGGGGAACUGGCGGCGAGAGACGUUGAGGGGGAUGAUGACGUGGCAUCGGGGGAUGAUGACGAGGAUGAGGAUGAGGAUAACAGCGAACGAGGAGCGGAAUUCGACCUGACCAAGGCGCUGCGCCAGGAGCGGCGGGUGGUGCGGCUGAAGCAGCAGCUGGCGCGGACCAGGGCGGAGAGAGACUCGUUAAAGGCGGAGGCGCGGAUGCAGAGAUCGGAAAGGGAGGGGCGGGAGGAGGAAGCGCGCUUGGAGGGGGCAGCCGCACGUGAUGCUGGGCUGCAUGCCGACGCUGCUGGGCUAGGGGCCGAAGCUAAGAGGCUUGAUGCCGAGGCUGCACGGCAGGAAUGUCUGGAGGCUCGGGAAGCUCGUGAGGCUGAGGGCCGGAGCGUGAAUGUUGUAUUGAGGCAGCUGGUAUCGAGGAUGAAGGGAGCGGAGGAGGAAGUGAGGGCGGCGAGAGAAAGGAUGAGUGGAGGGAUGACGGAGAGGGGAGAGGCGAGGGGCAGUGGUGGUAGCAGUGGCACGGGAAGGGGCGAGUGGUGCACUGGCGGGACGAGUGCGAGCAGUGGCGACGCCAGCAGCGGUACGAGCAGCGAAAGCCAUUGGGAAACAGCAGCAGCAGGAGUGGUUGGCGAUGAGGGAGAGGGAGUGGGAGAGGGGGCUGAAUGCGUGGCGGGCGAAUGGCAGGCGUUGUUGGCUCAAUUGGGCGGCGAGGAGAUGCAAGAGGGUGUGGCCGGUGUGCUGAGGGACCUCCUGGGGGAGGUGCAUGUGCUGGUGGCGGCAGCAGCAGCAGCGGGUGCAGGGAGCAGGCAGGGAGGGAGGGCUAACCAGCCGGCAAUCAGCAGCGACCACCAGGCGACCAGAAGUGAGCAGCAGAUGACAGCAAGUGAGCCGCCGAAGAGCACUGAUGGCUGUUGCUGCGUGGGGAGCACAGCACUGGAGGACUUGCAGGCACAGGUGCUGCUGGCGCAGGGGGAGGUGUGUCUGGUGCAGGCGCAGCUGCAGCGGGUGGAGGAGGAGAGGCGGCGGGAGCGGGAGAGGCACCGGGCUGCUAUGAGGCAAUUUGGGGAAGCUGAUGAGCACAAAGAGGCGAGGCGUGCGGUGGAGGGGGAGCGGCACGCGCUGAUGAAGGAGGUGGUGCGGUACAGGGAGAGGGCCAAGGGGCUGGAGAGGGCGGUGCGGGAGGUGAAGGGCGAGAUGGCCCGCCAGGCAGCCGUGGCCACGGCUGUGUAUGUCCGCCACAUUGCAGCGCUGCAGGAGGGCAUGCCUGCUGCUGCUGUCAUCACUGCUGCUGCCCCUGCUGCUGCUGCCGCCCCUGCAGUUUCUGCUGCUCCUGCUGCCCGUGCACGUCCCUCCCAGUCCAGCAGCAGCGAGGGGUCGGAGCAAGGGGGUGGUGGGGCGCUUGUGGGGUGCGCAGGAGCAGGGGAGAGGCGGGAGCAGGAGCAGGUGGAGUGGGAGGAGAGCGGGCAGGAGUUCAUGUCUCUCCUGGACGGUCUUCAGGAUGAGUCUUGUGCUCUCAGUCUGUGCUGAACUGCAGGGACUUGCGCAUACUUAUUAUGACUGAUUGGCCGAUGGGUGCAGAGAACACCAAAAAAACUGGUAUUGCUUU